AUGGCGCCUCAUCCCUCAGGUGCGCCUGCUAACCAAGUGACCUGCCACACCGAGCGGUCCUUCCCGAGAGCCUCGGACGACGAAGUGACCUGUGCCGCGUCUGCCCCGCCCAGCCCCACUCACUUGCCCCCAGACUGCGCCGAGGCCCCAGGGGGCGGCUGUCGAGGGGCGGCGAGGAAGCUCCGCACUCGGCACGGGGGACGCAGCCGGCCCAAGAGUGAGUUAGCGCUGAGCAGGCAGCGACGGAGCCGGCGCAAGAAGGCCAACGACCGCGAGCGCAAUCGGAUGCACAACCUCAACUCCGCGCUGGACGCUCUGCGCGGCGUCCUGCCCACCUUCCCGGACGACGCGAAGCUCACUAAGAUCGAGACGCUGCGCUUCGCGCACAACUACAUCUGGGCGCUGACGCAAACACUGCGCCUAGCAGACCACAGUCUCUACGGGCUAGAGCAACCGGCGCCGCCUUGUGCGGAGCUAGGCAGCCCAGACGGCGGCUCCCCCGGGGAUUGGGGCUCCCUGUACUCCCCCGUCUCUCACGCGGGCAGCCUGAGUCCCGCUGCCUCGCUGGAGGAGCUGCCCGGGCUACUGGGGCCCGGCUCCCCAGCCUGCCUGCGCCCGGGCCCCCUGGCCUUCUCAGACUUUCUGUGA